GUAGCUUCUGUUUCUCGUUUUUGUUUUCUCGCUGUGUUACUCUCCUCGUAUAUUCGUCCCUAGACCUGCGCCCAGAAAUAACCCCCCCCCCAGCAAUAAACAAGACCUUGGCAGAUGGAAACCAUGUCCCCCACGGUCGCAAGGUCGACCACCACCCUCCCUCCCAGACAGAGCGACCACUUCCUGGGACUGGGAUUGGGGUUCAAAGGACCUCUCACAACCGUGACUGACGCCGAAACCAUCCCCCCGACCAAGCAGACCGACAGGAAACUCCCCUACUGGCUCGUCAACGUGCCCCCCUCGCACUGGCCCGCCUCCUGCCCCAGUUACCUCCGCGACAUCUCGCAAAAGAACAAGGACAUCCUGUCCACCCCGGACCACACAUAUCAGAGACAAGGGUGGGACCUCGUCCAAGAGCUCGUCCGUAUGUCCCUCCCCCCGUCGCCCCCCCCUGCGCAGCCAAACCCAAACCGUUCACUAACACACACCCAUCACUGUACAUCGGCAGACACGAACCGCAUCGACCGCUUCCAACGCCUUCCCAGCGACCUCCGUCGGUAUCUCGAGUACAAAGAGCGAAUCAUCGCGGAGUAUGGCUCGAUCAUGCGGUUUGUCGUGAAGGAGCGCUUGCAAUGGGGGGAAGGGGUGCAGAGUGAUUUGCAGGCGAGGGGGAGGCCGUUUGAGUUUGAUGACGACAUCCGCAUCCUCUACAAUGACUGGCCCUACGGCCUCGAACCAGACAUUGUGCACCUCGUCGUGUGGACCAAGUUCCCGCUCGAGGAGGACCCUGUUGUGGAUGAUUUGACGCCGCGUGCACGCCGGGAGGUGGAGGCGUUUGUGAGGAGGACGUUUUGCGGGAGGGUGCCGGCGGAGCAGGUGGUCUGGUUUCGAAAUUGGAGGUCGCUCAAGUCGGUUCAUGCUGUUGAGCAUUUCCAUGUCAUGCUGUUUCGGCCCGAUGGGGCGUUUGUGGAGGAAAUUACCCGCGGGGAUCGCCCGCCUCACGUGGUGGGGUAAGGGCCCGUUGACGACAAACUUGACUUGUGCUUACUUAGCGAGGGGUUUGGGACAUAGACCGGGAAUAUGCGCAUAGAAGGACGGAUUUCACAGGGUAGUAGAAUUAGAGGUUGAGCAUCUGAGAGAGGAGUUUAGUGUUGGCCGAUCUAGGAUGAUAUUUGACCGUAGAACGCAGGCGUUUAGUUCAUUAAAAUGAGAAGUUCAAACUAA